CUCUCUCCCCUCUGUCUCUUCUCUCUCUUUCUCUCUCUCUCUCCCCCCCAGCCAUUCCCAUUGGUGUCGUCGUCUAGGUGGAUGGUGAAGAGAGGGGAGCUCACAGCCUUUGUGGAGGAGAACGGCAUCUUCUCCAAGAGGACGUCACGUCAUCAGGUCUACUUCUUCCUCUUCAAUGAUGUCCUCAUCCUCACCAGGAAGAAGAGUGAAGACAGCUAUGCAGUGAUAGACUAUGCUCUGAGGGAUCAUAUCUGGGUGGGACCCUGCCAGGCUCAGGAUAUCAACCUAUCACCCAUCAGAACCACCGCCGGAAUGCUGACAUCACGGCAUCCCGGGGCCAGCCACCUCUUCCGCCUGCGUUUCCGUAGCAACCAUUCCGGAGACAAGGUGCCCAUGGUCCUGGGGGUGGAGCUAAUGAAUGAGCGAGCUCGUUGGAUAACUGCUCUGGGCCAGAGCAGCAACGACGAGAAGAACCAAGACCGGACCAAUGCCAUGCAGGUGGUGGUGACGAGGACGUACACAGCCAAGCAGCCUGAUGAGCUGUCACUGCAGGUGGCUGACGUGGUCCUGGUGUCACAGACUGUGGAGGAUGGCUGGUAUGAGGGCGAGCGACUCCGUGAUGGCGAGAGGGGAUGGUUCCUGUCAGAAUGUGCUGAACCAAUCACGUGCCAGGCCACUAUUGAGCGCAACGUGCAGAGGAUGGACCGCCUCCAGGGGCUGGAAACCAAUGUGUGAUCCGGAACUGAAGGCUCCACCCGCUAAUUACACAAGCCUGUUCUCAGACAGACCAAUGAGUGAUCUGGAACUGCAGGCCCCACCCACUAAUUACACAAGCCUGUUCUCAGACAGACCAAUGAGUGAUCUGGAACUGCAGGCUCCACC